GUUCCAAUUGCAUCAAGUUAGGUUGUAGAUUAAUUUUACAGAAAUGAAGUUAUUUGUGGUAAUUUUAGUAAUUUCUGUUUCGGUGACUAAUUGCCAGUUUUCGCCGUUUCGUACUAUUUUUGAGAAAUUGCACGAAGGACCUCCGCCGCCCCUAGUGCAAUACCGAAACAAUAUUCAUAUGAAAUAUAUUGAACAGAAACUGGAUCAUUUCGAUGAAAGCGAAAAAAGGACCUGGCGAAUGAGAUAUCUUUCCAAUGAUUUCUACUUCAAAGAAAAGGGACCGAUUUUCAUUUUUGUUGGGGGUGAAUGGGAAAUUUCGGAGAGCAACUUACGAGGAGGACAUAUGUUUGAUAUGGCUAAAAAUCUGAGCGGUUACAUGUUCUACACGGAGCAUAGGUAUUACGGACGCAGCCAGCCAUUCACUGAUUUAAAGACAGAAAAUCUGAAGUAUCUUAACGUUAAACAAGCUUUAGCUGAUCUAGCUCAUUUCAUCAAGACCUCAAAGGAAACAAUUCCAGGAUUACAAGAGUCAAAGGUGAUACUGGUAGGUGGUUCAUACUCCGCUACUAUGGUUACUUGGUUCAGCAAACUCUACCCUGAUUUGGUAAACGGGGCAUGGGCUUCAAGUGCACCUCUUCGAGCGAAAGUUGACUUCAAAGAAUACAAAGAAGUGGUCGGCGCAUCAAUUACAGAAGUUGGUGGUGAAGCAUGUUACAAGCGAAUCGAGAGCGCUGUCAAAAUUUUAGAAGACGACAUCGAAAAUGGAAAUUUAGAGAGGCUGAAGGAAAAUAUUAAUAUCUGUCCAAACUUUGAUGUAACAAAUAAGAAGGAUGUCAUGGCACUUUUCGGUUCAUUUUCAGAUAUAUUCGCUGGACUAGUUCAAACACAUAACAAAGGGAAUAUUGAAAAAGCCUGCGAAAUGAUUUUGACUGGAAAAGACGAUGUAGCAGGAUUCGGUAAAUUUGUCAAAGCAUAUGUAGAUGCAGGAAGCAAGUGUGUUGACUUAAGCUAUGACGCCGAACUCACUGAAUUGAGAAAAACUGAUUUAAAAGGAGAAAUGCGACAAUGGUAUUACCAAACAUGCAACGAAUUUGGCUGGUAUCAAACAUCUGGUUCCGAUAACCAACCAUUCGGACAUCAUUUUCCUGUUGAUCUGUAUGUAGAACUCUGUAAGGAUGUUUAUGAUACACCAUUCAGUGGUGAAACCAUCGAAAGUAAUAUCCAAUUAACAAACGAAGCAUUCGGAGCUUUGCAACCUGAAGUCAAAAAUGUAUACUUCACUCAUGGUAAAUUGGAUCCAUGGCAUGCUAUGGGACUUCUAUGCUCUGGCGAUUGUGGUGCUGUUGUUCCAUUGUACGCCCAUUGCAAGGAUUUGGCAUCGAGUAGUUCAGCUGACACCCCCGAAAUGACGGAACUCAAGCGAACCAUUUCUAAGCUCGUUACAAAAUGGGUUUCAUAGACUUGUUAAACCUAGAAGAGGCCUUCGAAUAAUAUAUUUAUAAGUUUCAAAUACAUUAUAAUAUAUUUAUAUUAUACAUAA